AUGGGAAUUGAUUUCUACAAUCGCUACGAGAGUGAUCUUCAAGUAAUAAGGGAUAUGAAUAUGGAUGCUUUUAGAUUCUCUAUCUCCUGGUACAGAGUAAUUCCCAGUGGGAGAGUAAGUGAAGAAGUGAACGAAGAUGGAAUUAAGUUUUACAACAAGGCAUCUCAGAAUGGCAAGAUUGGGAUAACGCUCAAUGCCCGUUGGUAUGAACCUUACUCACAUCGCACGGAAGAUCACGAUGCGGCCAAAAGAUCUCUUGAUUUCAUGCUUGGUUGGUUCUUGAAUCCCAUAACACAUGGUGACUAUCGGAGCAAUAUGCGUGAAUUGGUUCAAGAUAGAUUAUCAAAAUUCUCUCCACUGGAACCUAUGGUUCUAAAAGGAUCAUUGGACUUUGUUGGAUUAAAUUACUACACUGCAUAUGAUGCAUAUGAUGCAGCAAAUGUAAACUCUUCCGAUCCAGAACAUCGAAGAUAUGGAACAGAUUCUAAUUGCUAUAUAUGUUAUAGUGAAGCCAUGCCCACAGAUGAACAGUCAAAAGACAAAGCCAUCUUUGAUUUUGAUAGGAAUGUUCUAGCAUCUAUCAAGUGA